AUGCAGUGUCAGCCGUUGGAGCUGGCAUGCCUGGGCAGGCCCUUCCAGUUGGGGUCUCUGUACGACCGGAGAACCGACAGCCUUGUGCCUGGCAUCACCCUGUGGAAUCAGAAAACUUUAGGGGAAAACCUCAAAGUAUCUCCCCAAGAAUCCUAUUAUUUGGAGAUCAUAGCUGAGGAUAAUAUUUCGGUUAAGACUUCUGCCAUGGAUAUAGACGCCGGUCUCAAACUCAGUUUCCUGAGUGGCCUCAUCACCGUCUCAGGUACGUCAAGUAAUAAAAAUCUCUACCUCAUUCUAUGGCUUCAGAGUGGCUCAGGGAAGUACCUUCACGACAGGAAGUCCUCUUCUCAGCAAGCCCGUAUAACUCUUCAAUAUAAGUCCACCAGCCGAUAUGAGUCUUUGACCAUGGAACAAUUGAGAACGGAAGGAAUAGACCACCCAGAUGUAUUCAACAAGGACAUAGCUACCCAUGUCGUCACUGGGAUUCAGUAUGGAGCCGAUGCUUUCUUCGUCUUUGAUAGACAGAUCACCUUUGAAGAGAAAGUUCUUCGCCUUAAGGUAUAUGAAGAACUCCCAACGCUCUCCGGCAAAGGCAGUCUACCAAAACGGAUAUAUCUCUUUCCACUUCAUAAGCUGGACAACAGAGCUGCAAAAUUGAUUCGGGAAAUUAACACUGGAAUUAUCCAAGAUGUGGAAGAGAUUCUAGAAUCCUUGCAUGUCAUGAAAGUUAAGGCGAACGAUUUGGCGAAAUCCAAAGUGUGCGAUUACUUCUCGGGUAUCCAUUCUCAGUUGGAUGUAUUCCGUUCACACCUGGACAGAUUCAAGGCAAAUUUCCAAGAGAGCAUCAUUCCAAUGCUAAAAUCAGUUCGCAGUUCCAGCUCCGAAGAAACUUCCCUCUCCCAUCUCAUCCAGCAAAAGCUAGCCUCUCCUUUCAAUCAGGAGAAACUCUCCUCCUGGCUGACAGGAAAAGAGAAGGAGAUAAGCAUCCUGGAACGGUACCUAGAAUUCUUCAAGGAAGUCACCUAUGCCUUUUCCCCUGGUGAAUUUUGUACCGCUGUCAACGACCUGAGGAUGAAUGCCCUCUGUUUCAUCUUCCAAGUUGUUCCCAAAACAGAUUCAGUUUUGGAAAUGAUGUCCGAAUAUUUGAAGCGAAAGGACAUCGGCAGCUCCUGUUUGGAAAAGGGAAUCCCCAAAAAUUGGUAUGAGGAUAGAAAAACCGUGCAAGCAUUGCAAGGAGCCUCCUGCAAUUUUUUAGCUUUUUUCAAUGCUAACAAGUCUCAGAAUCACUUGAAAUUCGUGGUGACCGAGGAAAGUCUUGGAAAUAAGUCUCACGACAUCAUUCUUUAUGAAGGAGGGGUUCCAACACCUUUCGUUCCACCAGGGAAGCCGCAAGGCCUAAAGGUUCUGGCUGUUAAACACGAUACCUUGAAACUUUCAUGGGAACCGCCCACUUAUGGAAUGGAAUCAGUGGAAGCAUACUUGGUGUCCUUUAGACCAUUCGGGUGUCAAGAGAAAUGGCAUGGGAACAAGGUAAAUGAGAAGAAAGAAGAUGCCCUAAUCACUGGCCUCACUCCCAAAACAAAGUACGAGUGGAAGGUUCGAAGCAUUUGCUCAGUUGGUGAGAGCGAGGACAGUGAAACGAAUGGGCCAAUCGAGACGGAAAAUGUCCAACCAAUUCGGCUGGCUGAGAAGCUUCUCCAACAAUCCGAGCUCAUUGAAGGUAAUCAAGACCCGGAUCAUUUGCGAGAUGGAGAAACAUCUACAUCUGGCGACCCACUAGAAACUGUGGCACUCUACAAGCUGCCUUUGAGAGAGAUCAAGGAUCAGGCAACAAACAAGUUGAUGAAGUAUGAGGUUGGCGAACGCGUCUUCCCACCGAAGCCUGAGAAGACAAUUCUGGUAGUUGGUGCAACUGGAUCAGGGAAGAGCACUCUGGUUAAUUCCAUGGUAAACUAUCUAUAUGGGGUGAAAUGGACCGAUAAUUUCCGCUUCAAAAUCAUUAUGGAAGAGGAGGACAAAAACAGGACCCAUAGCCAGACGAAGAACAUUACAGCAUAUACACUCAACUGGCAAGACGGCUUCAAAUUAUCAUACACGUUAACUAUCAUUGACACACCCGGAUUUGGGGAUACGUCUGGAAUUAUGGCCGACAAGGAAAUUGUUCGCCAGAUGGAGGAAUUCUUUAACAGGAGAGGUUCUCAUAGCAGCGAGCAAGUGGAAGCUGUUGGAUUUGUCCUCCGGGCAUCUGAAUCACGGCUGACACACACUCAGAAAUACAUAUUUGAUUCCAUCCAGGCUAUUUUUGGAAAGGAUGUUGCGGCCACCUUCCAGUUGAUGCUGACUUUCGCUGACGGCAAUCGCUCACCUGCUUUGGAUGUCGCAAAGGAGGCGAAUAUUCCCCAUGCGUCAGUAUACAAGUUCAACAAUUCAGCAGUCUUUGCUAUCAAAGAUAAAGAAAAUGAUCCAUUUAAUGAGUUGAUGUGGCAGAUGGGCAUGAAAAGCUUCACGUCCUUCUUCAAAAAGUUCGCACUGGCAAAACCAGUGAGUCUGCACCUGACGAGAGAAGUGCUAGAGGAGAGGGGCAAAUUAGAACUAAUCAUCAACGGACUUCAACCCCAAAUUACUGCUGGUUUAUCAAAGCUGGAGGAGCUACGACAAGAGAACGAUGUUCUGGAGAAAAUUGAAGAUGAAGUAGAUGCCAGCAAGAAUUUUAAGUACAAAAUCAAGGAGAUGCGUCUGCAGAAAAUCCCCAUGGAGAAGGGUGUAUUUUUGACCAAUUGCCUGAUAUGCAAUUAUACAUGCCAUUUGCCAUGCGGGAUUGCUCAAAACGAUAAGAAGCACAAAUGCUCAGUGAUGAAGAAAGGCUUUUGCAAAAUUUGCCCUAAAAAAUGCGAAUGGAGAGAACACAAAAAUAACCCGUACAAAUUCGACCUGCAGGAAGUGGAAGUGGAGAAAACAUCCAAGGAUCUUCAGAAACGCUACGAGGAUGGCAUAAAAGGAAAGAUAACAGUCAAGCAAAUCAUCGAGAAGCUUAAGGAAAAUUUUCGAAUAGCAGAGCGUCAAGUGUGCCAAAUGAUUAUCGAGGCUCAUGAGUCUCUGCAGAAGCUGGAGAAGAUCGCCUUGAAACCCAACCCCUUGUCGGCGUUGGAAUAUUACGACUUGCUCAUAGAAUCGGAGAUGCAGCAAAAUAAGCCAGGAUACGCUGAGAGAGUAAAAAUGCUUCAAGAAGAAAGGGGACAAUUCGAGUACUUCUUGCAAAUCCACAACGGACUUGACCCAUUCGGAGAACACAGGAACGCAGGGCUGGCGCCUAAGGAACCCUAUUUUGAACUUUGGAAUAGCUCAUAA